UAACAAGAUAAUAAAACAGCCUUUUACGACUAUUUAACAACUGAUAUCCUAAUAGAGAAGACGAAUUUUUAAAAUGUUGUAUCUGACAUUAAAUUGGACAGUUAAUUAGUGUAAGAAUAUCAAUAAAAUACGUCCUUCAGAGAAGAUUAUACAACCACCGGACCAACCGUCUACUCUCCACGCGCAUGCGCAGUACUAUGGAAUCAAGUACUUCCUGAUGUCCUGUGGAGGAAAGUGGAGUUUUCUCACAGUGUUGAGCUAAACGUUCAAGGUUAAAAUCUGUCUGUGUUGACUGCGUGGACGUCCGUCCUCCCCUCAUAGUUCUACUGUCUUCUGUCCGGAGAGGACAUCACUCCAUUUCGACCGUUAAAUGAGAUGCAGACAGUUGGAAAACUCAUGAAAGUAUUCGUCACGAGGCGCAUCCCGCAGGAGGGGAUGAAGAUCCUGUCAGCGGCUGGAGUGUGCGAGGUGUCUCUGUGGGACUCUGAUGAACCCGUGCAGAGGGCAGAGCUUCUCAAAGGUGUGCAGGGGGCUCAUGGUCUGCUGUGUCUGCUGUCGGACAAGAUCGAUGCAGAGGUUCUGGAUGCAGCAGGGCCAAACCUGAAAGUAAUCAGCACCCUGUCCGUGGGAUUUGACCACUUGGCACUUGACGAAGUCAAAAAACGUGGUAUACGUGUUGGAUACACUCCAGACGUCCUGACUGACGCCACAGCAGAACUGACCGUAGGUCUGCUGCUGGCCACUGCUCGCAGAUUACCAGAGGGAGUGGAGGAGGUCAAAAAUGGAGGCUGGAGCUCAUGGAAGCCUCUCUGGCUGUGUGGUUAUGGUCUGUCUGGCAGCACAGUAGGAGUCAUUGGCUUGGGACGCAUUGGCAUGGCCAUUGCUCGGAGACUCAUGCCCUUUGGAGUGAACAGGCUGCUGUACUCUGGGAGAACAGCCAAAGCCUACGCUGCUGAGGUGAAAGGAGAGUUUGUUCCCCUGGACACACUCCUGUCUGAGAGUGACUUCAUUGUUGUUUCCUGCUCCCUGACGCCAGAAACCCUGGGCUUGUGUGACAAGGCCUUCUUCAGCAAGAUGAAAAACACGGCAGUCUUCGUCAACUCAAGCAGGGGAACUGUGGUGAACCAGGAGGAUCUGUACGAGGCUUUGAGCAGCGGACAGAUAGCUGCAGCUGGACUAGACGUCACAACACCUGAGCCACUCCCAACACACCACCCUCUUCUGACGUUAAAAAACUGUGUGGUGUUGCCACAUAUCGGCAGUGCCACCUACUCCACGAGAGGCAUCAUGGGAGCUUUGUCAGCUCAAAACCUGCUGGGAGGUUUGCAGGGCACAGACAUGCCCAGCGAACUCACCUUCUAGCCCCUGAAACUGCUGCGCUGUGCCUACUGCCUCCUCUGGUGCUGCAGUAACAGAUACAAGUAAUGUGCUGGUAAUGAUCUCCUAUGUGAGGUCAAAAUGAAGGGAUGGAAAAAGAAGAAUUCUAAUGUAGUUUAGGUAAUGCUCAGAUACAUGUGUACAUCAUGUCGGUGUUAACUUGAUUUAGUUUCAUCCUGUCACAGGUACUGAGUUUUAUUAUACAGUGGGCAUUUUUGAGGAAUGAAAUGCUCGCUGGAAGGUUUUGUCAUCUCAGACGUGUACAUUCAAGUUCUCCAAAAAGAGACUAAUGAACAAACUAGCAGCACUCCUUAAUAUUAGCUCUUAUCAGAACACACUAUACAUGCUUAGAAUGGCAGUUACACUGAAAAAAAACAUUUCUCAUGUUCUGCUUGCCAUAAAGGUUAGCGUUAUACCUCUUAGUUUGCACUUUAUUCAGAUGUAAAUGGUGUCAAUCAUGCUACAAAACAGUACAACGCUCCAGUUCUGUGUAAAAUGUGAUUUCUCUGAAUAAUAAAAAGUUAUGGCCCAGUUAAAAUGUAAUGCUGAGUGUGUGUGUUUAGAAAUGUAUCAUGCUCAAAAUAGAUUGAUGAUCAAUAAAAAAUACAAUAAAUAA